GGACAGAGGAGGCGGAGUUAUAUUUUACUGAAGCAAUCCACCACGUGAAACCAGUCAAUUGUUGAGGCACAUUCGACCUUCAUCUCAGCAUCAUGUCUUUGUCCGAACGUAUACGAUGGCAACCCCCCAAACCCGACUCCAUUCUAUCGGAUUUUGAAAGAAGAUGUCGUGUCGCGAAGGAGCAACCAUUCCUCGAUGAGAAAUUGAUGGACGAUACCACAACCGCUUGUGCCUGGGCAAACCUCCGGCGGCCUCGACUGGGACGUUUCAAGCAACAGGGGGCAUUCAACUUUACUAACCUGUUAGGCUAUGGGCAGGACGGCAUCGUCUGGAAAGUAGAUGCCGGUGGCCAGGUAUACGCGCUCAAAGUAUUCUGGGACAACCACCCGCCGGAGGGUACGCGAUACUGGGCUAUCCAGCGGGAAUGCCAAAACGCUUCACUCCUCGAAACGAUGCGACAUGCAACCGAACGUUCUUCCAACCCCAUCUGGUUGAAUCCAAAGCCGAAAACAUGGCGCGAUGCGGCUCUCAAUCUCCAUGCCUUUUCCAAUGAGGGUCUCAACCGAGAGCUAUUUCGAGAGACACCCGGCGCGGUGAAAUACAGUGCCGUGCCUCAUCUGAGGAAAUGCUACGGCUGGAAAAUGAUGAGUGGCAAGGAGCUCUGCGCACUCCCUUCGAUCUUGCGCCCUCGUGAGAUGAGACUGGAUGGCGAUAUGCGUGAAAUUUCACCGAGUGAAUCCUAUCAUGCCAUCGUAUAUGAAUAUGUGUCCGACAGCGAUCAUGCCCUGGAUAUGGGGGUUGUGCAAGCGCAGCUGGAUUUUUUUUGGCUCACUGGGUUCUGCUUGGUGCCGUUACGGACAGAGAAUUGGAAAGGCGCCGGAGUCUUGGUGGAUAUGGCAGACCUGGUGUGUCUUUGGCACGCUGCGUGGUUUCCGAGUUUGUACAAGCGAAGAGACGCAAAAGAGGUGAUACAGCAGUGUCUAUAAGACACACGUUACUGCAUGCCCAUGGCGCGAAGCACUUCAUCCGUAGCCUAAUGAAUUCUCCCUGGUAUAUGUAACCACUCUCCCGCGCUUCCUGACUUGAACUCCGAGCACUUAUAGUGUAUGUUAGAUACCAGUGAGGAAAGAAGAGGCAGGGGAGCAACAUACCUCUCGACACAAGAUGUUCACCU